AUGGCUGCUCUUCUUAACAACUCGGCCCGUGUUGCCCUUCGCUCGGGAGCUUCGGCUACCUUCAAGGCCGGAGCUGCGGGCUUGACCUUUACCCGUGGCAAGGCCACUCUUCCCGAUCUUCCCUACGACUAUGGCGCGCUUGAGCCCUCCAUUUCCGGCAAGAUCAUGGAGCUCCACCACAAUAACCACCACAAGACCUAUGUGAACGGCUACAACACCGCCGUUGAGCAGCUGGAGGCCGCCCUGGCUAAGGGUGACAUCAAUGCUCAGAUCGCUCUCAAGCCCGCCGUCAACUUCCACGGUGGUGGCCACCUCAACCACUCUCUCUUCUGGAAGAACCUUGCCCCCAAGAGUGCCGGCGGUGGUGAGCCCCCCUCUGGUGCUCUGGCCAAGGCCAUUGACUCCACCUACGGUGGCCUCGGCGAGUUCCAGUCCAAGAUGAACGCUGCUCUGGCUGGCGUCCAGGGCAGUGGCUGGGCUUGGCUCGUGCGGGACAAGCUGACCGGACGUAUCGCCAUCCGCACCUAUGCCAACCAGGACCCCGUCGUCGGCCAGUGGGAGCCUCUCCUCGGUAUUGACGCUUGGGAGCACGCUUACUACCUCCAAUACCAGAACCGCAAGGCCGAGUACUUCUCCGCCAUCUGGGACGUCAUCAACUGGAAGGAGGUUGAGAAGCGUUUCGCUUAA